GAACGCUGCGAAGAAGAAACCGCACACCAGGACAAGCCUCUCCCCGGAGUCACAGUGACUUGGCGAAAUCCGAGUCCCUCCUCUGCCAGCCCCACCCUUCCCUGUGCGUGCAGAGGCUACUUCCCAGGGCUGAGCAGGGACUAGCCCACACAGGGCCUCGGUUCCGGAAUCCAGCCCCGCCCUCGCUGGCUUCCCCUCUCAGUGGACGGGCCGGGGCGGGGCUCGGCCGGGUAUAAAGCCUGCAGGAGCUCAGCUCGCCCAGCUUACACUCUCCCCAGCGAAACUCCUCUGUGCCCUCCUGACAACCAGCUGUUCAGCCAAUCGGCGCUUGGCACUAAGGUUCACCCUCAAUAUCCGGAGCCAUGGCUGUGAGAAGAGCUCUGAUUGUAUUGGCCCAUUCAGAGAAGACGUCAUUCAACUAUGCCAUGAAGGAGGCUGCUGUAGAGGCUCUGAAGAAGAAAGGAUGGGAGGUGGUUGAAUCUGACCUCUACGCUAUGAAUUUUAACCCCCUCAUUUCCAGACAGGACAUCACAGGUAACCUGAAGGACUCUGAGAACUUUCAGUAUCCUGCUGAGUCAGCUCUAGCAUAUAAGGAAGGCCGCCUGAGCCCAGAUAUUGUGGCUGAACAGAAAAAGCUGGAAGCUGCAGACCUUGUGAUAUUUCAGUUCCCAAUGCACUGGUUUGGAGUGCCUGCCAUUCUGAAAGGGUGGUUUGACAGAGUGCUCGUAGGAGGAUUUGCCUACACAUAUGCCACCAUGUAUGACCAGGGCCCUUUCAAGAAUAAGAAGACCUUGCUCUCCAUCACCACUGGGGGCAGCGGCUCCAUGUAUUCCCUUCAGGGUAUCCAUGGGGACAUGAACAUCGUUCUCUGGCCAAUCCAGAGCGGCACCCUGCAUUUCUGUGGCUUCCAGGUCUUAGAACCCCAGCUGGUGUACGGCAUUGGCCACACCCCACCCGAUGCCCGGACACAGAUCCUGGAAGGAUGGAAGAAACGUCUGGAGACUGUCUGGGACGAGACACCGCUCUAUUUCCCUCCAAGCAGCUUGUUUGACCUCAACUUCCAGGCAGGAUUCAUACUGAAAAAGGAGGUUCAAGAGGAGCAGGAAAAUAAAAAAUUUGGCCUUUCUGUGGGCCAUCACUUGGGCAAGUCCAUUCCAGCUGACAACCAGAUCAAAGCUAGAAAAUAAGAUUGUUUUUUCCCAACAUAUGGUUAAACCUACGUAUCUUCUCUUCCAGCUUGCCUGACUUGCUUUUAUUUUUCCCUUUGUUCCAGAAGAGUAGGAAAAGUAGGCUCUCACCUCCAACAUUUUUGGAUAGGUCUAUCAUCGACUGAUCAUAGGGUUGCGACAGCCAUAUGAACCGCAUCAGAUUAGACGCCACAGGUGGCCUGGGCUGUGAAGCAGGGAGAGGUGGAAGCAAGCUGGGAUACACUCUCCCAUGUCUUCUCUGCAGUAUAGCCCCUUCACUUAGGGCUAGCCCUGGCUAUGUGGCAUCCAACUCUCCAGCGACUUGUUUCUCUUAAUUACCUCUCUGUGGUUUAGGGCAGAAGGGAAUUGCUCAAAGAAAACAAUGGCUGAAGGACCAACUUUAUUUGGUAGUUAGCAAGCUAGAGCCUGUUUAUGCCUCAUCCUGGUUUCAAUUACUGUGCCCGGACUGGCAUGCCUUCCAGGGGAAUUUGUUUCCAGCUCUUCUCUGUCUUGCACACAGCACACCCAGGUCCUGGGAAAUGAAUACUGAAACAGG